GUAGGGGUGCUGCUGCGUGUGAAGCGGUGCAGAGGCUAAGCCUAGUGUCUCCUGUUGCUUAUCUUUAGUUUUACUUUUUUUUUUGCAUGCUUUCUUGCAUGCUUUAGCUCCAGGCUGUGGUUUGCUUGCCUUCAAGAGGAAGAAAAAUAAAGCCAUGCAGAAAAAGCAAUCUUAUGCAACACAAAAAUUGGCUGCAACGUCAGAUGUGUGAGGUUUCAUUUUACAAUGAGUACGGAGUAAUCAAUACAGCAUUGCCUAUUAAAGCACAGAAAUGAAAAGGAGUUUAGCUGACGCUUCAACUCGCAGCACAGCAGGUUGUUUGCCUGUACCUCUCUUCAAUCAGAAGAAGAGAAACAGGCAGCCCCUCACUUCAAAUCCACUGAGGAAUGAGCCAGGUUCCAGUUCUGCGACUCGUGACUUUUCUUCCACAUCACUGGGCUGGGGAACUGCAAGCCCAGAAGCAGACGAACCACAGAAAGCAGUGAACGAUGGCAGAGGAGAUGAUCACACAGCCCCUUCCCUUAUGAAAUCACCAAAUGCAUCAAAGCCUAAUUUAGCCAAUGCAGGAAAAAACUUGUUUGCCUACAGGGCAGAAGAGAAGACAUCCAAUACUAAAAUUUGGAAGAGAAAUGAAUAUAGCCCUGCAAGUAACAGAACAGAUUCAAUAUCUAAUAGUGGGACUAUGAAAAAGUGUGAGAACCGUUCAAAUAAUUGGAAAACUGCUCAGCAGCGGGGAACAGCUGAUAACUCUAAUUCAUCUCAGCAUAUCAAAACAACAGCAACUAGCCAAACACAUCCAUCUAAAGGACAGUGGCCAGGGAAACCUAACACUGCAUCAAGAGAUCUGCAGGAUUAUGGUCUGGCAAAUAAACUUAAUUGCAAUAGUCAGCAAAAUAACAUGAAUGAGAAGCAAUUUUCUUGUGUUCCAGAAGACAGAAGUCAGGAUAUUUCAUCAUUUCAAUUAAAACUUAAAGAAAAAAGGAAUUCUUUGCGAAUCAUAUCUGCAGUCAUCGAAAGCAUGAAGCACUGGAGUCAAUAUACUUACAAAGCUGCACUAUUAUUUGAAGUUUUAGGUACGCUUGAUUCUGCAGUCACAUCUGGAGCAUGUGGAGCCAAGAAUUUUCUUCUGAGAGAUGGAAAGGAGAGCCUGCCUUGUGUUUUUUAUGAAAUUGAUCGUGAGCUUCCAAGACUAAUUAGAGGUCGAGUGCACAGAUGCAUGGGAAACUAUGACACAAAAAGGAAUGUUUUCAAGUGCGUCUCUGUAAGACCAGCAACUAUUCCAGAACAAAACACUUUCCAAGAAUUUGUUAAAAUUGCAGAUGUUGAGAUGACAGCGUAUGUAAAAACAAUGAAUGAAAUUUAAAUGUAGAGGUGGUUGUAUAAAAUUAAUUUGCCCAAACUAAUGCUGAAAACGUGAUUAAAUAACUGAAAAUACUAGUCUGUAAUCCAACAAACGUUAAGGACAGCAUUUUGUUUCCACUGUCACUUUCAUAGUUUUUCUCUGGUUAUCCAUGCAGUAACAGCUUUUGUUCUAUAGUUCAUUACAUUUUCAUUCUAUAGUUCCUUCAUUUACUGAAGAAAUUCUGAAUUAAAAUGUUGAAGAUGUUUAUAUGUACAUAACUUGUUUAUAUGAACUGUUCCUGCUUAACUAGAGUGAAGCAAGUUCUAUUUUUUGGAAAGGAAUGGACUGUUUAAUGAAUUUUAUUUAAAAAUAAACAACAACAACAAAAAGAACCAUCUGUGGAUCUUUUCCACUGUGAAAACUGCAGGGAGCUCCCCACUCAUAUCUCCUUUGUCUGUUAUCCCAAGUGCAUGCAUCAUUAAAAGCAGACCAGGUUGAUUAGUGGCCUACUAUCUCUCCCAGUCACUGAAGAAAAGAGUUAAUAGAAAAAAUGUCUGUCUUUGAGGCAUGAGAGGGAGAAAUGGGGCAGAGUCACAGGUGGAUAAAGAGAAUGAAAGUGGUAUCUCCUGUUUAGAGAUGGCCUAAGCCUGCAGGAAUUCUCCAAAAUGUUUUGAGCAUUUCUUAGGGGAUCAAACACAUGCUUCUCUGUGACAACUCUUAUCUUCUCAAGGAAAUUAGACACUGACUAUCCAUACUACUUACUAUAUAUACUGUUUUCCCCACUUCAUGUGAUAUGGGUUUUGUUUGCAUAGAAACAAGCAAUCUAGAUCUUUGCAAAGAAUUUGUUUAGAGUGAAAUUUUGUAUUUCCAAGUUCUAUAAUACUUGG